AAGUAUUAUAAGGUCUGCUUGGAGUGGCGGCUGUUCAAUUUCACUUUAGUAAUUUAAGUGAUCGGGCCUAUAGCACGCUGGGUUGCACUUAAAAGUCCACGGUGAAUAUUCUCGUAAGAUUAGACACCUUAUGCUUCCCGCGGAACGUUAACUUUAAAGACCCAGCUGCAAGUGUAACGAGUUAACAGGAGGAUUAACCAUAAGAUAGAUAUCGUCGGGCGUCCAUUUCCAAUAUACAUACACCAAAAUUCAUAUACAAUGAAAUUGUGUUCAUUAUUACAGCUGGGUUUGGCUAUAUUGUUUAUAGUUUUUAAUAUUUGCUCGCCACAAGCUGUCGCAUCUCCUAUUGGCUGGGAUUUUGCCGUUACGCUGCGCGACAAACUUCUGUUUCUGGAUAACAAUUUGAAAACAAUAACAUCUGCAGCACACGAAUUCGAGGAGUUAUCGGCAUUAGCUUUUGAUGAGGCCGAGGAAGUAGUCUAUUUUAAUGAUAAACAACAUCAGAAUGGCAGCAUAUUUUCGAUGCGACGCGAUGCAACGGUUGCAUCGAACAUUGUGGAGCAGGCAGUGCAUCGCAUUGGCAAUGAUUCCAUAUCCGGAUUAGCUUACGAUCCGCUAAACCGGAAUUUAUUCUGGGCGGAUAUGCGACAGAGUCUAAUUUACUUUGCCGGCAUCGAUACACUGUACACGGAAACGCCCAAGGUUUUGGUAGAUCUGAGUGCUGAAGGUGGACGACCAGAUGGCGUUGCUGUUGACAUAUGUCGCCGUCAGCUGUAUUGGACAAACUCGAAGAUCAACCAUGCUUCCGUAGAACGUAUCGGAUUGAAUGGCAUGGGUAGACAGACAAUCAUCAAGGAUGAUAUUGAUAUGCCCCGUGGCAUUGUGAUAGAUCAACUAUCGGAUCGAAUCUUCUGGAUCGAUGACAAGGUGGGCAUAUUCUUUGCAAUAGAAAGUGCUCGACUAGAUGGCAGUGAUCGUCAAUUGGUGCUCAAGGACAAGCAUCAGAGUCCCAUACAACUUGCCGUCACAGAUGAAGCGAUCUACUGGACAGACAAGGCGGACAAAGCGGUCUGGAGCUAUCCCAAGCCUGGAAACAAAAAUUUAGCUACGAAUAUUACUGAACCGCUACUGAAGCCAACAAAGCUAGCCAGCUGGAAGGAAGAUGUCUAUGGCAUAGUCGCACGCACUGGCUUUUAUCAACAUCUUCAGAAAGAUGUCCAUUGCGCUAGCAUAGUGAAAAAGGUCAAACAGCGUUUAGACACCAGGUCACAAAAAAUAACCGUAGUUGACGAUCGUAUAGAGAAGCUGGAGCGUGAACACUGCUUGAACGGUGCCAGCUACAUGGUCAAGGGUAACUUCUGCAUCUGUCAAGUGGGCUUCAAGGGUGCACGUUGCGAGAUAUCUGAAUGCCAUAAUUAUUGUGUGCACGGCACCUGUGAAAUCUCGAGCAUGGGCUAUCCGAAAUGCUAUUGCCAAACGGAUUUCUAUGGCGAACGCUGUGAGUACUACAAAUGCAACAACCAUUGCCUUAACGAUGGCCACUGCAUCGUGGAUAGGGACAGCGGAGAAUUGAGCUGCGAUUGCCGUGAGAAUUUCACGGGCACACGCUGCGAGCACAACGAAACGGCGCACUGUGGAAGUUAUUGCCAGCAUUUGAAACAGCAUCCGGAUGCAUUUGUACCCGCCACCUGUGUGGACAUUUGCGAGGAGUUGCGUCUGACCAAUGGAACAAUUGUCACGGAAUAUCAAUCAUCAGCUUUGUGUAACGAUAUGCCCAGCUAUAGACAAGGUUCUUUGAUAAUUGUACUCGUUGUUGGCGUUGUCUCCAGCUUGGCUCUGGUGGCCGUCAUUGUGCAUGGCUUCCGUCUCAUUCACAAGCCCAAACGCCCGCGCAUUAAGAAGACCUUUGUGGUGCGCAAACAGGCGCGUUUAAAUUCCACUAGUGAUACACCUUUAACCAAUCGCCCACUAGCCACAGAGCAAUGCGAGAUUACGAUAGAAAACUGUUGUAAUAUGAAUAUUUGUGAAACGCCUUGUUUUGAUCCUAAGCUUGUGGAACAACAGUUCUCAGGACGCGAUAAAAAGGCGCCGUGCGUUAAGGAGGAUAAAAAGAUACUAAUACAUAAUAUGGAAGAUGAUCUACUGAACUAGAUGAACAUCUAUAUAAAUAACGUAUAACGUAUAACGUCGUGCAUGAAACAACGGGACGGACGGACAUGUGGUAUUCGAGCUUGUAAAGCUGCUAUCGCCGCCGCCUAUCCUCCAACACGAAAAAUACCCGGCUCGUCGACGUCUUUGCUCAACCAAAGAUCCUACAAAGACCUAGCAAAAGUUUUAAUACUUAACUUUGAGAAAGGAAAACGUGUACUUAGCAAACUUUUACAAUUAGUAGUCUGGUCUCAUUAAUUUAUUUUCGUGCAAACUAAGUCUUUAGACUUGGUUAUCAACUGAAAAAAUCGUCAUUCGAAAGGGUUAUAUUUUAAUUUUCAAUCAUAUAGUUUUUAAGUUUCUUUUAUUAGUCUUGAGAUCGGUUGAAGGAAAUUUUUAUUUGAAGACAUUCGGCAAUGAACAGAUCAUUUGAAAUGAAACUGGUAGAAAAGUCAAACAUGACUAACAUUAAAUUAAAAUUAAUCACACAUACAUGAAUGUAUACAUAUAUAUAUAUAUGUUUAUAUACAAGCGGCUGAUUUCAUAUAUUAUUGCCAACUGCACAAAUAGGCAAAAUGUGAUUCAUAAAACGGUUAAACUGUUUGUAAAUAAUAAUAAUAGUAAAAAAUUUGAAUUUGUAUCUGUUCGGAAAAUAGUUCCUCAACAUAAUGAUUUAAUAUUGUAUAUAUAUGUAUAUGUAUAUAUACAUUUUACUUUUGUUUUGGUUUUUCUAAUAUGUCAUGACAUAUGCAACUGCCACACACCCCCAUAUAUACAUAAAUACAUACAUAUUUACAGCUAAUUGUUCGCACCAAGAUUGCCUUCGUACUUAAAUUAGCCUUUUAUUUUAAACAAAGGAGAAGAAAAUCCCCCAAAUAUAAAACAAAAGAAAAUGAAAGUAGUAGCACAAUAAUUGCGAUCUAUUGCGAACGGGAGUUGUACAUAUGAGUAAGCUAGACAUUAGUUGUUAUUAAUAAGACACAUUGGUUGAACAAUAAAUGAGAACGUACCUUUGCAGUUGAAAUAACAAAUUAAA